GAUUGCAAAGAACUCCUGUCAGAUUAUUUGGAAGGGGUAUUCCUUCUGUAAUUUACUACAAAAAUGGAAACAGCACCGCCUGUAGAUACUGUGAUUCGAGCUGUGACUGCCUUGUACCAUAAUCCAGAUGCAGCAGAGAAGGAAAGGGCGUCUCGAUGGCUGCAGGAAUUCCAAAGAUCGGUCCAUUCGUGGCAAAUCUCUGAUCAGCUGCUGAGGAUGAAGCAAGAUGUUGAAGUUUGCUACUUUGCAGCCCAGACGAUGAGAUCUAAGAUCCAAUACUCAUUUCAUGAGUUACCACCAGACUCACACCAAGCUCUCCGAGACUCACUCAUCAUUCACAUCGAGAGUCUCAACGAUCCAAACUUCCAGAUCAUACUGACGCAGUUGUGUUUGGCGCUGUCCGACUUGGCCUUGCAGAUGGUUAUGUGGAAGAACUCGCCAAACUUUCUGAUUCAAAGGUUUAGCACGGAUGCAUCUCAGAUUCCCAUCCUUCUUGAGUUGCUUACCGUCCUGCCAGAGGAGGUCCACAGUCGCUCUCUACGUCUGGGGAUGAAUAGAAGAGAAGAGUUCACACAAGAGUUAUUCCAAGCUGCUCCGACAGUAGUGCGCAUUAUGGCUGCCUGCUGUGAAACGUCAGUCAGUGAUCAUCGUCUCUUAGGUAGAAUCUUCAAGUGUUUAGCAAGUUGGUUUUAUCCUGGGAUUAUUCCAAGUGUAGAUGUGGCCAGCAGUACACUGUCUAACCUACUGUUUGAUGUUCUGAAGAAACAUGAUACACCGUCCAUGCUUCAUGAAGCGGCCAGCGAUUGCGUCUGCUCAGCUCUCUAUGCCAUGGAGGAUAUAGAAGAACAUCUAUCACUAGCCGAGACGCUGUAUAGAGGAAUCAUCCAAUUGCCUGAAUCGUAUGCCAUGGUUGUCGCUGCUGAAGAUGUAGAUAAGGCCAUUAACUACAGCAGGAUUUUUACAGAGCUUGCUGAAGCUUUCAUGGAGGUUAUGGUAGAAACACCAGGUCAAGGUCUUGGUGAUCUAAGCAUACUUGACGCUGUCUUGACGUGCGUCGGGCACAGCCAGUACGAGGUGGCUGAGAUCACCUUCAACUUCUUUUACCGACUGUCGGAGAUACUGUACAAACGGGGACAGGACGACCUGAACGAGAUCUACAGGCCGUACAUCGAGAGACUAGUCAAUGCUUUGUGUACUCAUUGCCAGAUGGACACAGACCAUGAAGGAAUACCUGAUGAGAAUGACGACUUUGGUGACUUCAGGAUUAGAGUUGCUGAGCUCAUUAAGGAUGUAAUCUUCCUAAUUGGGUCAACUACGUGCUUCUCACAGAUGUUUAGAAACUUAGCAAGCCAGGGGUCAGCGGUGACGUGGAAUGUAACAGAAGCUUCGCUAUUUGUGAUGUCAUCGGUGGCAAAGAACGUUCUCCCUGAUGAAAAUGAAGUUGUCCCAUCGGUCAUCCAAGCCAUCCUUGGCCUUCCAGAGGAAACUCAUGUAGCUGUCAAAUACACCAGCAUUCAGAUGCUGGGAGAAUUAUCCGAGUGGAUAGACAAUCAUCCACAAACGCUUGAACCUAUCCUUAACUUCAUCACCAAUGGUCUUAGGAAUCUCCAGCUGUCCUCCGUAGCAGCCACGUCGAUCCAACGCAUCUGCGCCAAGUGUCAAGACCACCUUGUGUCCCAUCUUGACGGCCUCCUUCAGAUCGCACAAGCUGUAGACGCCUUUAACCUCUCACAGGAAGCCGCAAUAGGAUUAAUCGAAGGUACAGCGUUAGUGUUAACCAGAAUGCCCCUGGAUAAGAUCCAGGAAGGUUUGAAGCAGCUGAUGUUAGCUCAGGUCACCCCUCUUAGCCAGGUUUUAAAAGGAGAGAAUGAAGGGAAGCCUGGUUUAACAAGUGACCCAACAGUUUGGCUGGAUAGAAUAGCUGCAAUAUUUAAAAAUACGAAUCCUCCCAUAACCAAUGGGCAAGCGCACCCCUGCCAAGCCAUCCUUCAGGAGAUCUGGCCAGUACUAUCCAAUACCUGCAAUAAAUACCAAGGAGACAUCCGCAUCAUUGAACGCUGCUGCAGAUGUAUAAGAUUUGCCAUCCGCUGUGUCGGCAAAGGAUCCGCUCUUCUACUCACCCCACUAGUAUCUCAGAUGGUAACCAUAUACCAAGCCCAUCAUCAUUCCUGUUUCCUGUAUCUUGGUAGUAUAUUAGUACAUGAAUACGGAGCUGAUCCUAGCUGCAUACCGGGCAUCAUAGACAUGCUUCAGGCAUUUAUAGUACCAACCUUUCAGAUCCUUCGUCAGCCUCAUGGCUUGAGGAAUCAUCCAGACAUAGUAGACGAUUUCUUCAGACUCUGCUCAAGAUUACUACAGAGGUGCCCAGUAGCGUUCUUACAAUGUACGUCAGUGGAGGCAAUCAUAGAGUGUGCACUAGCAGCAUUAUCGCUGGAUCAUCGGGAAGCCAAUGCAUCAGUCUGCAAGUUCUUUCAUGAACUCACGCAGUGUGUUAUAUCCAAAUGGGAGAGUCCAGACUUUGAGACGAGGAAAAACCUGGUGCUGGCUCUACUGGAUAAACACGGCCCAGCAAUCACCAAAGGGAUUCUCCAUGCAUGUGUCUUCUAUCUUCCAUCUUACAUGAUGCCAGAUCUCUCAGAGGUCUUGUAUGAAUUAAUGAAAGUCAACAGGGAGACGUUGUGUACAUGGCUUGAAGAGGCGUUAAAAUCACUCCCUGCAGAGACGCAAGACGGACGAGUCAAUGCAACCCAGAAACAGCUCACUGACUUCCACAAGACUGUAACAAGCGCACAAGAGCUGAUCACUGUAACCUAUGCCAUGAGGGACUUCACAAGGCUCUUCAGAUAAUACUAGCGUCAUUUUCCUUCUUCCCCCAUCAUCAACCCAGGGGGGUCGACAGCCCCACUAAACAGUCUUUACAUCCCCUCCAAGUAUCAUUUCCCGCAGCAGAACGACCGGACGACAAACAAACAAGAGGCAAGAGUUUGGUCAUUACAAAAAAAAGCCUGAAAAUUCUCCCCUUAGUGCCAAUAAUUAGAUGCUCCAUUGCCAGUAACGAUCCUUCAAUGAAUGUGAAACAGUUUGUAUGUUGAUGUUUCUUCGUUGUUUUUGUUGAGGGUUUAUGUGAAGGUUUUUGGGUUUUUUGUAUUUUUUUGUAUUGGUUUACAAAAAAUUAUUGUUUUGACAAUCAACCUGGAGCAGUGAGUUGGAUUGCUUGUGGCAGGUUGUUACUUGUAUCUUUGAGCAUUUUGAUCAACUUGAGCAUUUUGUUUUUCCAAAAUGGGGGAAGGGGGUAGUUGGCGGUGGUCGAGGAAUUUGCCAGGAGAUUCACUCUCUUUGAAUGUUUUUUUAAAUAUUUUUCAUAAAUGCAUUAGUUUUUAAAACUGUUAUGCAGCAUUAAACAAAUUUUUUUUAAGAAACUUUGUAUAUUUUUGUUGUUGCAUUUGGGAAAUGGAAAAGGCCAGCGAUUUGCCGUUUCGGCAGAACGUAAUUCCUUGAUCAUGAACUGGCUCCCUCACCAAAGACACAUAGCUUACAGAUUUUGCUGGUACAGGUUAACUGACCACUGACAUCUGUUUACAUUUUUUUUUAUAUUCCAAUCAUAAUGUAAGAACAUUAUCUACCCAGGAAGUAGAUGUACACAUGGCGUUACCGCAACCAAAUUUACAUUGAUACCUCACCUUGUUAUGUCUCAAAUCCCACAUAAACUAAAUCAUUUAUCAGUCUGGCAGCUUCUGAUGUAUUUGAUUGAAUCUUUUCAGCACAAACCAUUGCCAUAGAAACUGACUAAUGAACUGUCGUUGUUUGUGUGCUCUUUCCACUGAAGAAUAUAUUGCAGACUUUCUUUUCACCCUGAAUCCUCUGUCAUGGUUCCCUUAAGAGUGUAUUUUACAGGACACGGGUGUGUUCCACUCGCGCAAACGUUGGCGUUCGCCAACAAUUUCAAGUGGAACGAGUUGUGUCUGAAAGCUUACUGAUUGGGAAGAUCAUAAUAGAACAAAAAUUGUCUGUAUAUAAGUUGCCUCUGAACUGAAGUCAUAUUUGAGAAACCUAAAUUAACAAAAAAGAACUUUUAAAAAUGCAACAGCUUAUUUCAGUGGUUGGUACAACCCAAAAUCAAGGAACAUGUGUAUACAUGCUGAAAAUUGUGCAUGGUUUUUGGCUAUCUUCUCCUGAUUUUACACAACGGAUUAAACCAACAUUUUCCCAGGUUUAUUAUUCAUUUUUAUGGUUGAUCACUCAAAACCUAAACACUGUCGGUGACUAUUUUGUCAGUUCUUCCAACCCUGUACCAUACUGUUAAAGGCAGUUAACACUAUUGGUAAUUACUCAAAAUAAUUAUUAGCAUAAAACCUUACUUGGUAACG